CAGGAACAUCAUGUAUUUUCACACAGUAGAUAUACGGAUGUACAGUUCUUUACACAUGUACUCCGCUCAUGGAUCUCGGUCCUCACGAAUCGUCAUGUGCUGUCAUCUUUAAGGCCUGGCUCCUCAUCUGAAGCAGUUUGACCGCGGACUGUGUGUGUCUCUGUGUGUGUGUGUGUGUGUGUGAUUGCGGGAGGCGAUUUAGCGUUACAUGUUUUUGUCGUCAUUAACAGCUGGAUGCUGCUAGGCUAGCAAGCUACAGCAGAGCGGGCUCUGCAGAAAGUGUUCUUGAUUAAAAUCCGCUCUGCAGGACUGUGGAGAUGGGUCACUGCGCGUGAUCUGUGAGGAUGAGGAGUCGCAGUAACUCUGGAGUGAGGCUGGAUGGCUAUGCCAGGCUGGUCCAUGAGACCAUCCUGCGCCACCAGAACCCAGUGACAGGACUUCUGCCUGCCAGUGCCCAGAAGACGGACGCCUGGGUGAGGGAUAACGUGUACAGCAUCCUGGCUGUGUGGGGGCUGGGCAUGGCCUACCGUAAGAACGCAGACCGCGAUGAAGACAAAGCCAAGGCCUACGAACUGGAGCAGAGUGUGGUGAAACUGAUGCAGGGUCUCCUGCAGUGCAUGAUGAGACAGGUGGCCAAGGUGGAGAAGUUUAAACACACCCAGAGUACAAAGGAUUGCUUGCAUGCCAAAUAUGAUACUCCCACCUGUGCCACGGUGGUGGGCGAUGACCAGUGGGGUCAUCUCCAGGUGGACGCCACCUCCAUCUACCUGCUGAUGCUGGCACAGAUGACAGCCUCAGGCCUUUGUAUCAUCUCAAACUUGGAUGAGGUAGCCUUUAUCCAAAACCUGGUCUUCUACAUAGAGGCUGCCUACAAAGUGGCGGAUUAUGGGAUGUGGGAGCGAGGUGACAAGACCAACCAGGGCAUUCCUGAGCUCAACGCCAGCUCUGUGGGAAUCGCUAAGGCAGCCCUGGAGGCCAUAGAUGAGCUGGAUCUUUUUGGUGCCCAUGGAGGUCCGAAGUCAGUCAUCCACGUCUUGCCUGACGAAGUGGAACAUUGUCAGUCCAUCCUGUGCUCCAUGCUGCCAAGAGCUUCAACUUCAAAGGAGAUCGAUGCCGGCCUUCUGUCUGUCAUUUCCUUUCCUGGUUUUGCCGUUGAGGAUGCUGACCUUGUGGCCAUCACGAAGUCAGAAAUUAUAAGCAAACUGCAGGGUCGCUAUGGCUGCUGCCGCUUCAUCAGGGAUGGAUAUAAUUGUCCUAAAGAGGACCCUUCUCGGCUGCACUACGAUCCCGCUGAGCUCAAGCUGUUUGAGAACAUCGAGUGCGAGUGGCCUGUCUUCUGGACUUAUCUCAUCCUGGACGGCAUCUUCGCUGACGAUCAAGUACAGGUGCAGGAGUACCGUGAGGCGCUCGAGGGCAUUUUGAUCAGAGGGAAGAACGGCAUCAAACUGCUCCCUGAACUUUAUGCUGUACCACAUGACAAGGUGGAGGAGGAGUACAGCAAUCCUCACUCAGUGGACAGAGUAGCCAUGGGGCAGCUGCCACACAUGUGGGGACAGUCACUCUACAUCUUGGGCUGUCUUCUGGCUGAGGGUUUUUUAGCACCAGGAGAGAUUGAUCCUCUCAACAGGAGAUUUUCUACAAACUUCAAGCCUGAUGUUGUAGUGCAAGUUUGUGUGUUAGCAGAGUCGGAGGAGAUCCAGGAGUUGUUGAGUGAUCACGGGAUUAAGGUCCAGACGGUGUCAGAAGUUCUGCCUAUCAGGAUCAUGGCUGCUCGCAUCCUGAGCCAUGUCUAUGUCAGACUGGGAAACUGCAAGAAACUGAAUCUGAGCGGGAGGCCCUACAGACACAUUGGAGUUCUGGGAACAUCUAAAUUCUACGAGAUCAGAAAUCGCUCUUACAUAUUCACCCCACAGUUCCUGGAUCAGCACCAUUUCUACCUGGCACUGGACAACCAGAUGAUUGUGGAGAUGUUACGAACAGAGCUGGCCUACCUCUCUUCUUGCUGGAGGAUGACAGGACGGCCCACACUCACCUUCCCCAUCACCCGCAGCAUGCUGGUUGAAGAUGGAGAUGCGGUUGAUCCGUGUAUUCUGUCUACCCUCAGGAAACUAGAGGAUGGCUAUUUUGCUGGAGCCAGGGUGCAGAUGUCAGACCUCUCCAGUUUCCAGACCACUUCGUUCCACACUCACCUCAGCUUCCUAGAUGAAGAGAACGAUGACAUGUUACUUGAGGAUGAGGAGGAUGAUGAUGAAUAUAACAGCUGUGGGCCCUCAGAGGGCUCGAAAGACAUGUUUGACCAGUACCUCACCCAGCUCAUCCACAGUACCACCACCAAGCGCCACCUUCCUCCCAUCCAGAGGGGGCAGCACCACGUCUUCAGCGCUGAACACACCACCAGAGACAUCCUGUCUUUCAUGGCUGAGGUCCAGGGCCUCAACAUGCCCAAGUCUUCCAUGUAUCUACCUGUGACUCCUGUUAAGAGUAAACACCGCAGAUCUCUCAACCUGCUUGAAGUUCCUCAUCCUCAGCGUGGCCCACUUGUAAAGCAGCACAAGUCCCACAGUUCUGCUGAUCUGCACCUGCCUCGGGACUCUCAGGGAAACACGGACUUUGCAGCUUUGGUGAGGCAGCUGAAGGAGUGUCCAAGCCUGCAGGACCAAGCCGACAUACUCUACAUCCUUUAUGUAAUGAGGGGAGCUGAUUGGUUGGUGGAGUUGUCGGGUCCUGGCCAGGGCGGGGUCAGUGUGCGCUCCCUGCUGGAGGAGUUGUAUGUACAAGCUGGAGUCUGCAAAGAGUGGGGACUCAUCAGAUACAUCUCUGGAAUACUACGCAAGAGAGUGGAGGUCCUUGCUGAGGCCUGCACAGAUCUGAUCUCCCAUCACAAGCAGCUGACUGUGGGUCUCCCUCCUGAACCCAGGGAAAGAGUUAUCACAGUCCCACUUCCUCCCGAGGAGUUGAACACUCUCAUCUAUGAAGCCAGCGGUCAGGACAUCAGCAUCGCUGUUCUCACUCAGGAAAUCAUGGUCUAUCUAGCCAUGUACAUGCGCUCACAACCUGCCCUGUUUGGGGACAUGCUGCGGCUCAGGAUUGGACUCAUCAUGCAAGUGAUGGCCACUGAGCUGGCUCGCAGUCUGCACUGCUCUGGAGAGGAGGCGUCUGAGAGUUUGAUGAGCCUCAGUCCUUUUGACAUGAAGAACCUGCUGCAUCACAUCCUCAGUGGCAAAGAGUUUGGGGUGGAGCGGAGCAUGCGCCCAAUCCAGUCGACAGCCACCAGUCCUGCCAUCUCCAUCCAUGAAAUAGGCCACACUGGAGCCACCAAGACUGAACGCACAGGAAUACACAAGCUAAAGAGUGAGAUAAAGCAGAUCUUCAGCGGCGGUCAAUCCUCGAGUAGCAAUGUCACUUCUCCUCGCUCCACGCGUUGCAGCAGCCCCUCCACGCCCAGCGGGAUCCUGUCCCCGGUGGGCCCGGGUCCAGCAGAUGGACAGCUGCACUGGGAGGAGAGGCAAGGCCAGUGGCUGAGGAGACGCAGGCUGGAUGGAGCCAUCAACAGGGUACCUGUGGGUUUCUACCAGAAGGUCUGGAAGAUCCUGCAGAAGUGUCACGGCCUCUCCAUCGAUGGAUAUGUGCUGCCUUCUACUACCACAAGAGAGAUGACGGCAGGAGAGAUCAAGUUUGCUGUGCAGGUGGAGUCCGUCUUGAACCACGUCCCUCAACCAGAGUACCGGCAGCUGCUAGUGGAGACUGUGAUGGUUUUAGGUCUGGUAGCUGACGUUGACGUGGACAACAUUGGCAGCAUUAUCCAUGUGGACCGCAUCCUGCAUUUGGCCAAUGACCUCUUCCUCACUGACCAGAAAUCCCACAGUGCCAGUGAUUAUUUCCUUGAGAAGGACCCAGCCACUGGAAUCUGCAACUUUUUUUACGAUAGUGCCCCCAGUGGCAGCUAUGGCACCAUGACCUAUCUGUCCAAGGCGGCGAUCACGUAUGUCCAGGACUUCCUGCCAAGUUCUAGCUGCCUGAUGCAGUGAAAAAGCAGGGUGUUGUGUCUCGCGGCUCCUGAUGGACUUGAAAUGCCUGGAGUGACAGUUUAUAACAAAAGGCAAAGGUAGCAAGUUUUUCAUAAUCAGCUCAUACAAUUGAUGUGGUGCUUCUUAGUAUUUACUCCUCUGAGUAAAAUCUGUAGCUCUCAUAUACUGAUGUGAUAUCCAUAGCAUGGCAGCUGAUUCAAAACCACUAUAUACGAACAUAUUUUUUCUUUAUGAGUCUCAACUGUGAACUUAUUUAUUAUUUAAACAUGCGCAGAUAUAUGUUUAUUGGACUUUAUGGAAAUUUCAUAUUUGCAAAGAAACUACAUGUCUGUGCUCUUGAUGUUAAGUGUGAGAAAAUGAUCUCAACAGCUAUCUGUCUUGUGAUUGACUGUCAUGUUAAAAUUCUAUCAGAGGAAAUUUUAUCAGAGUUAAUAUUUUGAUCAUUUAAUCACAAAUAAAUGACUAAUUUAUUGUUCUGCUGCAAUAGAUGAUUUAAACAUGGGAGAAAUAAAAUUGAAAGUAUAUAUAAAAAAAAAUGUAUACCCACAAAUAACUAAUUGUGCGUAUGGUUUCAUAGAAGUGUUACCUCUGAUAGCAUCCGAGCUCUGCAUAAUUCAGUGUUGGUACUUACUUGUUGUAGUCUUGCAUUAAUGUAAACAAGAAUCAUGCUUUCUUGAUGUUUUCGUCUUUGUGUAUGUGUUGUGUGAUUUGUACAACGAAUGAAAAUGAACUAAUCUGUCUGCAUAUGAAUGUCACCCCCAGCUUUUGCUACUAACAUGGCGAAUCAACAUUUUGCAUGAACCUGAACAUGUUGAGGAUUUCUCAAUUUCCGUACAGUUGAGAGAAGAUGUAUCUGGUAUGUUGGAGUUGAAUUCUGCUUUAAUGCAUAACUUAAUGUUUUAUCUGCAUACAGUAUGUAUAUAUGCAUACAUUACCAAUAUCUGGCAGUACAGCCAGAUAUUGGUAAAGUAUCAGAGAGGUCCAGAGUAUGUUGAACAGGGUCUUUGUAAGUUUGGGAAGAGCGUUUUCUUGUAUUUGACUGUCCAAAUUUUGUGCACAGAACACGGAGAGAAAAACAGCAGGGAAUAGUAAAAUGUUGAUAUAUUUAAAUGUGAACCCUAACCUUGAAACAUUUGCAUUUACGUAAAUAUAAUAUGUCAAAAGAGUAACUUAAAAGAAUUAUAUAAUUCUUAUAAUUAUUUUGUUAACCUUACAUACAUUAUGCAGUUCGCCUAUUUAACGUUUAUAGACCUGUUCGAUUAUUUUGAUAAUGCAGUCGUUGCUCAUUUCCAUCAGAAAAGUAUGUUUAUUAUGACAUUUUCAUACAAACAUAUUCAUACAAUAAUAAAAUUAUCUGACUAA